GUCGGCUUAAGAGGCGCGCAGGUCGUGUUUUCGGGGGGAAGGGUGGGGGUUUUGUGGGGUUGUUACUUUAAAACGGGGAACACCAGUCUUAGUUAUUGUUAGCGGGAAAGGCUUUGCUCUGACGUGCGGUAAGAUGUCUACUUCAAAUCAGGACUCUCAAAACACAAGUAUUCCACGGGAAGAAAGCGCUCAGUUACCUGCUACCAGCCAAGGCUAUGUUCUGCCUGAAGGGAAAAUCAUGCCAAAUACCAUUUUUGUGGGUGGAAUAGAUGUAAGGAUGGAUGAGACAGAAAUUCGGAGCUUUUUUACACGAUAUGGCACAGUUAAAGAAGUGAAAAUAAUCACUGACAGAACUGGUGUAUCUAAAGGAUAUGGAUUUGUAUCAUUUUUGGACAACGUAGAUGUACAGAAAAUAGUAGAAUCACAAAUAAACUUUCAUGGGAAGAAGCUCAAAUUGGGACCUGCAAUAAGGAAACACCCAAACUUAUGUGCCUAUCAUGUGCCACCCAGGCCAAUGCUUAUUAAUUCCCCUACACCUCAGUUCCAUAGUGGUUGGAGUAACCAGGAAACAUAUAUGCAGUCUCCAGCUGUGAUGAGUCCUGUCACGCAAUAUGUUCAGGCCUACCCUUAUGGUUCCCCAGCUUUAUUAAUUCAGCAACAAGUUCCUGUAGGAUACCAGCCAACUUAUAAUUACCAGAUUCCACCACAGUGGCCUCCUGGAGAACUAAGAAAUUAUAUCGUGCCGGCAUAUACUACAGUGAAUUAUGGUAGUGAAAUGGAUGUAGGAACUGACCAAGCAGAGUGUUCUAUGACUGACACUGCACAGUCAUGUGCAAACAGUCCACAAAAGAAAUCUGUGGAUCGCAGCAUACAGACAGUAGUAUCGUGUCUAUGUAAUCCAGAUAAUCGGUUGAGGAACAAUAUUGUAACUCAAGAGGACUAUCUUAAGGAGAAGAGAGCACAUCAUUUUAGAAGAAGCAGAGCUGUUCUUAAAACUGUUUGACUCAACAAUAUAUACAAAAAACCUGAAAUAUUCAUGUUUGUCAUUUGUAAAGAUAGAAAAACUUGCAGUUUAAUAUUGGUGACAAAACAUACUUGACAAUUAUGUAGCCCUACUGACAAAAGUUAUUUGAAGUUGGAGUUCAUUUGAAGUUUGUAUAUGAUAUGUUUCUCAAUGUUUGAAUUUAUAUGUUAUUUAUUUCUAGACAUGUUUACAUGAUUUAUCUAAUCUAGAUUUUUCUGUAUUCUAAUUCCUUACCAGAAAAUUUCAUGUUUAACAAUUGGAGUUCUUAAACUUUCUAAAUACAAGGUUGUGUUUCUAAGCUUUAAAAUACAUUUUACUGCAUGUUGACACUUGUUUCUAACAUUUUAACUUUCUCCCAGCUCACACUUAAAAUAGGAGGAUUUUUUUUUUCAAGAGAUGUUUUUAAAACUGUACUUGAAUCAGGUGAUUAAACAGACAUCCAGCUGCAUCUCAAUUACUGCCACAAAUACAUACUCAGUACAGUACAGUAUUGCCUUACAUAUCCAAUCAGUGGGGACCAUUCAUUAGCUGUGUGUGCUGCUUAAUUAUCAGUUUUGAAACUGAUAGGAAUAAAAGUGUACUCACGGAUGUAAUUAAUAGUAUUAACUAUACUUCGUGAGUUACACUUUUUUAUACUAGGCCAUCCUGGCUAAAAUAUCUUAAAAUUGUGGAAAAAAAUGAGUACUAUAUGAUCUUGUGCUUUUUAAAACGUCACCAGCUUUAAAUCAAAGAAUUUGUAAAACUGUUUAAUUAUGUAGACUUUUAGUUUUAUAUCAGUAACGUUCCACAAUAAACUCUUUUGAGGUGGA